GAGUUUCUCUCACAGAAAGAAAGAUCCCAUCUCUCUUGCCAGAUGAUGCUGAUGCGAGAGCAUCUCUCUCCAGUCGGACCCGUUUCACUGCGACACCUGCUCUAUUCUAGCCACAAUAACAACGGACAGAGCCGUCAGAACAGAACGAAUGAGCAAUAGCGGACAGAUCUGGACUAGAACCCCCCGGUCUAUCGCUCACAAUGAAACAGGGUGGUCUCGUGGACGACACGGAGGAGGUGGAGUUGGAUUUCAGUACGGAGGAGGAGGAGCAGAGAGCGCGCAGGGGCGCAAAGAUCCGACACCCCCUCGCCUCCUUCCUGCACCUGUUCUUCCGCGUGGCUGCCAUAGUAACUUACCUGCUCUGUGAUUGGUUCACCAAGAGCUUUACUUCCUGCUUCAUUAUGAUCAUCACUCUGCUGUCCUGCGACUUCUGGUCCGUUAAGAAUGUGACAGGCAGGUUGUUGGUGGGUCUGCGAUGGUGGAACCAGGUGGAUGAGGAUGGGAGGAGUCUCUGGGUGUUUGAGGCCAGGAAGACCUCCCCCCGGGGCAGUGGUACGGAGGUGGAGGCCAGGAUCUUCUGGUUGGGACUGAUCAUCUGUCCUCUCAUCUGGUCCGGAUUCUUCUUCACCACCCUGUUCUGUCUGAAGAUUCACUGGCUGGUGUUGGUGAUAGCCGGUAUCUCUCUCCAGGUUGCUAAUCUCUAUGGUUACCUGCGCUGCAAGGCCGGCGGACAGGAAGUCCUUCCCACAUCCACUUCCUCCUUCCUGCAGGAACAGCACGUCCUCCAGCGGGUGAGCAGUGUUGAGGUUAGAGCCUGAUAUCAUCUACAGAAUGCUGUGAUGGAAUAGGAAUGACCUGCCGCUGCCUUCUCCUCUGAGUGUGUGUGUGUGUGUGUGUGUGUGUGUGUGUGUGUGUGUGUGUGUGUGUGUGUGUGUACAUGCGGUCGCUACGAGCACAAGACGUUGAAAAGACGUUGAUAAGACAUUGAAAAUAUGUCUUUCAACCAAUUUUGCUCACUGGGGUGUGCGUGGGCGUAUUUGUGUAUCUUGUGUGUGUGUGUGUGUGUGUGUGUGUGUGUGUGUGUGUGUGUGUGUGUGUGUGUAACUCAGAAGCCUCUCCAAGGCCUCCAAACAUCAAAGCUACUGGAAUUACAUUAGUUUUAUAUUCAUCAUUUCAAUUUAGAUUUAAUUUUAUAUUUCUGUGAAUAUUUUUUAAAAUACUUCUGAGGAUGUUAUAAUCUGUUUCCUGUCUGUCUGAUGGUUAAUAGAACACACCUUUCUGUUUCCUGUCUGUCUGAUGGCUAAUAGAACACACCUUUCUGUUUCCUGUCUGUCUGAUGGUUAAUAAAACACACCUUUCUGUUUCCUGUCUGUCUGAUGGCUAAUAGAACACACCUUUCUGUUUCCUGUCUGUCUGAUGGUUAAUAAAACACACCUUUCUGUUUCCUAUCUGUCUGAUGGCUAAUAAAACACACCUUUCUGUUUCAUGUCUGUCUGAUGGCUAAUAAAACACACCUUUCUGUUUCCUGUCUGUCUGAUGGUUAAUAAAACACACCUUUCUGUUUCCUAUCUGUCUGAUGGCUAAUAAAACACACCUUUCUGUUUCCUGUCUGUCUGAUGGCUAAUAAAACACACCUUUCUGUUUCCUGUCUGUCUGAUGGCUAAUAAAACACACCUUCCUGUUUCCUGUCUGUCACACCUUUCUGUUUCCUGUCUGUCUGAUGGUUAAUAAAACACACCUUUCUUUCUGUUUCCUGUCUGUCUGAUGGCUAAUAAAACACACCUUUCUGUUUCCUGUCUGUCUGAUGGCUAAUAAAACACACCUUUCUGUUUCCUGUCUGUCUGAUGGUUAAUAAAACACACCUUUCUGUUUCCUGUCUGUCUGAUGGCUAAUAAAACACACCUUUCUGUUUCCUGUCUGUCUGAUGGCUAAUAAAACACACCUUUCUGUUUCCUGUCUGUCUGAUGGUUAAUAAAACACACCUUUCUGUUUCCUGUCUGUCUGAUGGCUAAUAAAACACACCUUUCUGUUUCCUGUCUGUCUGAUGGCUAAUAAAACACACCUUUCUGUUUCCUGUCUGUCUGAUGGCUAAUAAAACACACCUUUCUGUUUCCUGUCUGUCUGAUGGUUAAUAAAACACACCUUCCUGUUUCCUGUCUGUCUGAUGGUUAAUAAAACACACCUUUCUGUUUCCUGUCUGUCUGAUGGCUAAUAAAACACACCUUUCUGUUUCCUGUCUGUCUGAUGGCUAAUAAAACACACCUUUCUGUU